AUGUCAAAUUCCUUGUCAGGGCAGGAUGAGGGAAGAUAUGGAUAUGCAGGUGCAUAUCCUUUUUUCGCAUCGGAUUUAGAGAAUGAGAGGUUGGAUGAGGAUGCGGAUGCGGAUGCGAAGAAUGUCAAUGUUCACGGAAAUGGAAAUGGUUAUGCUGGCGAGAAUGGGAAUGGAGAUGAAAUUGUGAGUGGAAAUCGGAUGGGUAAGGCAAGACAACAUGUAAGACAUAUUUCUUCGGCUACAACGUUGAUUGUGACGAGAGAGGAGGGGGAUGAGGGGGAUAAGGUGCAAGUUCCGGAGAAGGCGUUGAUUAUUGGGAGGGGUAGGGUUGGGGGUGUGGGUUUGUAUGGGGAUGGGGAUAUGGAGGAGAGAGGGGAGAAAAAUGAUGAUGCGGAGUUGGGGUUGAAGAGGAAUGCGACGGGUUUGUCGAUGGGGGGUUUGGAGGUGUUGGUUAGAGAUGAGGAUAUAGAGUUAGAGGGUGGAGAUGUGGGGAGAUAUGGGGAUGGGAGUGGGAAUGAAGGGGAGGAGAGGAUGGGAAAGAUUUUGAGGUGGGAUGAAGUUUCGGAAUGGAGACAGGAUAAUGAAUAUAUUCUUACUGGAUAUCGAUAUCAUACCCUCAAUAACCAUAGUCACCAAACCGCAGCUUUCUGGAUCGAGCUCGAUUAUCUCGGUAUCGUGGCUCUGAUGUGGGGAAGUACUGUUGCGACUAUCUAUCACGGAUUUAUAUGUGAUGUUAAACUACAAAGAAUCUACUGGUCUAUGAUCACACUCCUCUCUCUCGCCCUAACCCUCUUCACCCUCGUUCCUCCCUUCCGCACCCCAUUUUUCCGUCCCUACCGCACCCUCAUGUAUGCAGCCUUGGGUCUGUCGGCUGUAAUUUUCAUCGUUCAUUCGAUUAUUAUUUAUGGCAUUGCGUUGCAGUACAAACGAUUGAGUUUGGGUUGGAUAGUGGGUAUGGCGGGACUUAAUUUUGUGGGGGCGUUGGCUUAUAGUUUGCGGAUCCCAGAAAAAUACUACCCAGGCCGUUUCGAUAUCUACGGGAAUAGUCAUCAAAUCCUGCAUUGCAUGGUUGUACUUGCGGCGCUGGCGCAUUUUGCGGGCUUGGUGCAGAGUUUUGAUUAUUUGCAUUCGGGGAUUGAAGAGUGUCCUGUGGGGUGA